GUCGGGCGAGCAGGAGAAACAUUAAAUGUCUUCCUCUUUCAGAAAGCGAAAUAUUGCACUGCAAGGGGACUAGGGGAGCAGUGCAAUAUGUUUGUGGCUAAUAUUUAUCUUAUGGGAGCCAUGUCACGUGGUUAUUAUUAUUAUUAUUAUUAUUAUUAUUAUUAUUAUUAUUAUUUUAGAAAAAAGGGACAUAUCAAGGGUGAAAAAAAGCCCACAAUGGCGCUAUUCCUGCAAUGUUCAGAUGAAAAUAAAGAAAUAGAGAGGCAGAGUCAUUUGGAGCAGUCUCGAUAUUCCACUAUUGAAAGAAUUUAAGCAGUAGUAUAGAAGUAAUUCAAAAGGCUUUCCCAAAAUUUACCAGCAAGAGGUAUGAAAAAUGAAGACUGGUUAACUCUUUCAUAAGAUAUUUGUUGGACAGUGUAAGGAUGAGUGCGAGUGGAAAAGUCGUGCAACUGCGCCGCGGGGAGGGUACGUAGAGGCAUAAAAUUAUCAAGUUCAGCAGAGGUGCAGUCAGGAAAACAUAUCGACAGAAGAAUUUACAGAAAGGAAGGCAACUCUGCGGCAGAAUCGAAGAGGCAGGACUAGCAGUAAGAGGAGGGGAGGGCUGCGUGUGGAUUCCCCCCACAGGGCCCACACGCAUGGAGGAAAAGUAAACGGUGGAGACGAUACAGAAUGCCUACCCUCGAAGUUGAUUUAGCAGAGGCAGCAGAGGAAUUGGUUGCCAAGAGCGAAGAGUCAGAAGAGGAGGAGGAGGAGGAGGAGCGUCAGCAGUGGUCACAUCCCUUCGAGUUCCUCCUCUCCUGCAUCGCCAUGUCCGUCGGGCUGGGCAAUGUGUGGAGAUUCCCAACCACGGCCUUCGAGAACGGUGGGGGCGCCUUCCUCGUGCCCUACUUCAUCGUGCUCAUCUUCAUCGGCAAGCCCGUGUACUUCCUGGAGCUCGCCCUCGGCCAGUUCUCGUCUGCGGACAAUGUGGGAGUGUGGGAUAUGGUGCCCGCCAGCAAAGGCAUCGGCUACGGCCAGAUGAUCGCCACCUGCUCAGUGAUGUCGUACUACGGCUCCAUAAUGGCGCUAACAGUGUUCUACUUGUUCCUGUCCUUCAACACUGUCCUCCCAUGGUCCGUGUGUGACGCAACCUGGGCGGACGACAACUGUGUCGACGCUGCCAAAACCAACUACAGUUUCAAUAACGAAUCCCAUUCGUCGUCUGAGCAGUUCUACUAUAACUUCGUGCUGCACAUGAAGGAAGACAUCAGCGACGGCAUUGGUGUCCCCGACUGGCGACUUGCGCUCUGUUUGCUCUUUUUCUGGACGCUGCUCUUCCUCACGCUGGCCUGGGGCGUCAAGUCCUCGGGCAAGGUGGCGUACUUCACGGCGCUGUUCCCCUACGUGGUGAUGUUCACGCUGCUCGUCCGAGGGGCGUCGCUGCCCGGCGCCGUAGACGGCAUGCUGUAUUUCAUCACGCCACACUGGCAAAGGCUUUUCGACCCCCACGUGUGGUUCGCUGCUGUCACGCAGGCCUUCUUCAGUCUGAACGUCGGGUUCGGCUCCCUCACCUCCCUCGCUUCGUACAACAGCUUCUCUCAGAACAUAUAUAGGGACGCGUGGAUCAUCAGCCUCACAGACACCCUCACCUCGUUACUUGCCGGCGUCACCAUCUUCGCCAUUCUCGGCAACCUUGCUCACGAUCUCGACACGGACAUCAAGGACGUGGUGCGCGGCGGCGGCGGCCUCGCUUUUGUCUCGUACCCCGAUGCCCUCGCUAAGUUCACCUGGGCCCCGCAGCUGUUCGCGGUGCUGUUCUUCCUGAUGCUGCUUACUCUGGGCGUGGGUUCGAUGUCUGGGAUGGUUUGUUGCAUCAGCGCCAUCAUCAGCUCGCACAUGCCGGCCACCAAGAGUGUGUGCGUCACCCUCGGCAUCUGUGUCAGUGGCUUCUUUCUCGGCCUCGUCUAUGUCACUCCAGGCGGUCAGUGGAUAUUGGCGUUGGUGGACUACUUCGGCGGCGGCUUCAUCGCCUACGUGCUGGUCCUUCAGGAGGUGGUGACCGUCGCCUACAUAUACGGCUUUGAUAAAUUCGUAAAGAAUAUCAAGUUCAUGCUCAAUAAGGACCUGGGACUGUACUGGAGGUUUUGCUGGACCUUCUUCGUCCCUGCGGUACUGCUGGUCAUCUUCUUGUACAGCAUGAUCUAUCCCGAGCUGCCCACCAUCUCCGGCAAGCCACUCCCGGACCUCGCUUACGGCUUCGGGUGGGCCCUCACCAGCCUAGCAUUCGGCAUUGUCCUCGCGGGCUUCCUGCAUGCUCUUUACCAAGCUCCCGGCGACACGCUUUUUGAGCAACUGCGUAAUGUGUUCCGGCCGAAGGAGAACUGGGGCCCCAAGAGGCGGAGCGACAGGUCCCAGUGGAACAAAUUAAUGGAAACAACUUCCCGCUAGUGUGUGUGUGUGUGUGUGUGUGUGUGUGUGUGUGUGUGUAAUAAUACAUUCAUGUUGAUUGUAACACCAAAAUGUUAUAAUGAACACAAAAUUAAGUAUCUUGGUACAAAGACAAGCUUAGCAGAUUUCAAGAACUAUAAUGCAUUCCUUAGUACGUUAAUGUAAGCAUUUUUUUUAAAAAUCAGACUAUAGUCGUGGUAGGGGAGGCAGUGGCUGAGUGGUCACCGUGGCUGCGGGGCGCCGAAUCCUGCCCGCCACCACGGGAUGACAAUAUUCAAUCAUCGCCGAGUGGCCUGAGGCUGGUCGGGUCACACGAGUAUUUAUUUCUGUAAUUUUUGACGCCGGGACUUUUUCACGCCGGUGAUUUUGCACCCGGUGUGGUUACACGAUGCUAGCCGAAACAGAGGGCGCGUUUAGGCAUAUAUUUGUUUGGGCAUAUGUUUCAGGUAGGCGGUGGAUGAGUGGUUAGCGUGCGGGCCCCGCAUUCACCGCGCCAUGGACGACGUCGGUUCGAAUCCCCACGCUACCAACUGGGAUUUUUCAGUCACCGCCGAGUGGCCUAAGACUACAAGACUACCCACAUGCUGUCCACAAGACCACCCAUCAACCCGGACCGUCAAGUGAAUCAAGAAUGAGUUCCGGGGGGCAGCAUGAGCCAAGCAUGAAUGGCGCCACUAUAAAAAGCGCCUGCGCCAUGACGGGCUUGGGCCUGAAGAAAGCCUACCGGCGCUACAGGCGAAGACGUAGAAAAAAAAAGAAAAAAAAACCAUGUAGAGCGGCACCAGGUAAAGACAAUUGAGAGAUAGCAAGGCAGUUAAAUCUUCUUUGAUGUCUUGCCGCCAGCUGCACUUUUGGUGAUCUGGGAUUCCUUGAAGGGGUGUAGUUGUAUGUGUUUGUCUGUUUGUGAGUGUGGGGGGGUAUCUCUCUCUCUCUCUCUCUCUCUCUCUCUCUCUCUCUCUCUCUCUCUCUCUCUCUCUCUCUCUCUCUCUCUCUCUCUCUCACACACACACACAAGAAAAAAAAGUAACAACGUAAAGGUGUAUGUCCAUUGAAAAGAAGAGAGAGAGAGAGAGAGAGAGAGAGAGAGAGAGAGAGAGAGAGAGAGAGAGAGAGAGAGAGAGAGGUGGAAUAGGAAAAGGAUUAGGGUGAUUAGAAGAGAAAGAGGGGGAGGAGGAAAAGGUGAAGCCAUGUUUCCAUCAAAGCGUUCUCAGUAUCGGGAAUACAAGACGCGCAUGAUCGUUUUCCUCCAUAUCGAGAACACAAGCCGUGUUUUGGACUAGCCGGUGCCGCCUAUAGCAAAAUUCUCGAGAUCGACGAUAAAAUUGCCGAAAUAAACGCUCGUGUGACCAGGCCUUAGACUACCCACAUACUGUCCUAGACCACCUAUCAAUCUGCGACCUCUAGCGAAACUCCUUAAACACGAACUCCGCGGGGCAGCAUGAGCCAGGCAAGAUGGCAUCCCUUAAUCUAGCUGGGGCCGACCAGCAGGCCUCAUAAAGUGAACUUUAGACCUUGCCCUCAAGAAAACCUACCGGCGCCAUAGGCUGAAAAUAAAAAUAAAUAAAUAAAUAAAAAUAAAAAGAUGGCUUCUAAAAGUAAGCUUUCAUAUAUGUCCCUCAAUAUUAUGAAAACCUCUACAUAGAAAUGAACGGCCUUGGGAGUUCAUUACCCUGACGCUUCCAAUAUGGCAGGAUCCACUCUGUAUGUCUUUCGGAUCUCAAUCAGCUUUUCGCUUUUAAGAUGUGAUCAUAUCCUCCUACACUUGUUCUAAUUUAUCAUUUUUUUCGUGAGUAUCCUCAUAAAUAUAUGUAAAA